AAAUAGAAUUACAUAAACCGUCACUUAUGGAUCUUCACUCUCUGUAAUCACUCAACAAUGGCGUUCCUCACCUCUCUUCCUUCCACUUCCAUUUCCCUUUCUUCUUCUUUGAUUCCGUUCUCCAUUAUGAACAACCGAACGAAGCCUCAAAUCUCCGCUCAUAUUACCAAAUGCAACGCCGUCGCCGUCUCUUCCUCCACCGCUCUUUCUUCUGUCUCCGUCGGCCAAAACCUCCCGUUAGAUUACGAACAAUGGUUUCCUCAACGUGACUCUUCUCAAAAGAGAAGAGCCGGCAUUUUGCUGCAUCCUACGUCGUUUAGAGGACCUUACGGUAUCGGAGAUCUUGGCGACGAGGCUUUUCGGUUUAUUGAUUGGCUUCAUUCCGCCGGUUGCUCUGUUUGGCAGGUUCUUCCCCUUGUACCUCCAGAUGAAGGUGGAUCGCCAUACUCAGGACAGGAUGCUAAUUGUGGUAAUACACUCUUGAUUUCGCUUGAAGAGCUUGUAAAUGAUGGUUUGUUAACGAAAGAUGAGCUUCCACCGGAGCCAGUAUGCUCUGACCGUGUGGAUUUUUCUUCUGUCACCAAGCUAAAGAAUCCCUUGAUAGCUAAGGCUGCAGAGAGGCUAAUUAAGAGUGAUGGUGAAAUUAAACAUCAGCUUGAAGAAUUUCGCAAAGAUCCCAGUAUAUCAUGUUGGCUUGAGGAUGCAGCUUAUUUUGCUGCUAUUCAUGAUACUUUAAAUGCUUUAAAUUGGUAUGAUUGGCCUGAACCUCUAAAAAAUCGCCAUCUUGCAGCCUUGGAGGACAUUUACCAUAAGAAAAAGAACUUUAUAGAGAUAUUUAUCGCCCAACAGUUUUUAUUCCAGAGGCAAUGGCAGAAAGUACGCAACUAUGCACAGGAAAAGGGUGUUAGUAUAAUGGGUGACAUGCCCAUUUAUGUGGGCUAUCACAGUGCUGAUGUUUGGGCAAAUAAGAAGCAAUUUUUGUUGAAUAGGAAAGGAUUUCCUCUUCUAGUUAGUGGUGUUCCACCUGAUGCCUUCAGCAAUACUGGUCAAUUGUGGGGCAGCCCUCUCUAUAAUUGGAAUGUCAUGGAGCAAGAUGGAUAUUCUUGGUGGGUAUCCCGAAUACGACGAGCUCAAGAUCUAUAUGGUGAAUUUAGGAUUGACCAUUUUAGAGGUUUUGCUGGCUAUUGGGCUGUUCCUUCUGAUGCAAAAGUUGCUAUAGUUGGGAACUGGAAGGCUGGACCUGGGAAAUCCCUUUUUGAUGCCAUUACCAGAGCCGUUGGGAAGAUCAGUAUCAUAGCAGAGGAUUUGGGAGUUAUCACUGAAGAUGUGGUGCAGCUUAGAAAAUCUAUAGGUGCUCCUGGAAUGGCUGUCCUUCAGUUUGGUUUUGGAAGUGACGCAGAUAACCCUCAUUUACCUCAUAAUCAUGAAGCCAAUCAAGUUGUAUACACCGGAACUCAUGAUAAUGACACGAUUCGAGGUUGGUGGGACGUGAUACAACAAGAGGAGAAGUCUAAUGUACUGAAGUAUCUUUCAAUUGCUGAAGACAACGACAUCCCGUGGGCACUCAUCAAAGCUGCUUUUUCGUCAGUAGCCCAAACUGCAGUAAUACCUAUGCAAGAUAUUCUUGGACUGGGCAAUUCUGCCAGGAUGAAUGUUCCUGCUACUGUGUCGGGAAAUUGGGGUUGGAGGAUACCGUCUUCCUUGAGUUUUGAUCACAUGGAGAAAGAAGCAGUGCGACUAAAGGAUUUGCUUUCAAUGUAUGGGCGGAUAUAGCAUGCGAAGGUUUCCUUAGAUGCUACAUUUAAGUUUGCUUCCACGAGUUCCAACUUCAAGUGUUUAAAGCUGAGAUCUGAGAGACAUUUAGUCAUUCUGGACCCAGAUGAAUAAAGGAUUCAAUUUAUUUUUCUGUCUUUGGGCAAUAACUCAACUCAAAUAAAUUGACUAUAUGGAUUCUUUUCUUUUAAUCCGCACUAUUUCGUGUCACAUCUUUGUAAAGGUCUUUGGACAAUAGUACACUGAAACUUGAAUCU